AUGUUUGAAAAAAUUGUUGGUGGACAAAUAUCGCAGCAUCGUUAUAAAGUUAGAAAGAAAAAUAUUUCUGACAUAACGGAAGUGUAUGUUUUACCGUUUACCCACGUUGACCCAGGUUGGCUAAAAACAUUCAACGAUUAUUUAAAUGACACAAAUGCAAUACUAGACAAUAUGAUUGUAUUUAUGCGUAAUCAUUCGCAGAUGCGUUUUAUGUGGUGUGAAAUUGUCUUCUUUGAACAAUGGUGGAAAAUGCAAAAUGAAAGUGUCAAAAAUUUAACACAAAAACUUAUUGAAAGCAAACAAUUGGAAAUUGUAAGUGGUUCAUGGGUGAUGACAGAUGAAGCAACAACAUAUUUUCCAUCAAUUGUGGAUAAUAUUAUCGAAGGACAGCAAUUUGUAUACAAUGAAUUAAACAUCGAAGCUAAAGUAAUGUGGUCAAAUGAUCCAUUUGGUUAUGGGCCAUCGGUGCCAUAUUUGUACACAAAAGCUGGUAUUAAUCGUGGUGUAAUCAAUCGAAUUCAUUAUGAUUUGAAAACAUUUCUUCGAAGUCAUGGAGCCUUAUCAUUUCAUUGGCGACAAUUUUUUGAUGCUAAUGGAAAAAAUGACAUGUACACCUAUGUAUUGCCAUAUAAUCAUUACGAUAUAUUAAAUAGUUGUGGACCGGAUCCGGAUAUAUGUUGUCAGUAUGAUUUUAAAAGACUGAAUCAUUUCAAAUGCUCUCUUCAGAAUCCUGUUCCAGUUACAAAAUUAAACAUUCGUACAAGUGCAUUAAAAUUGGAGGAAGCAUUCCUAAAAAUGUCAGUUCAACAGGGAAGCGAUAUUUUAUUAUCGGUUUGGGGUGAUGAUUUCCGAUAUGGUGAAUUAGAAGAAUGGUAUCAGCAAUAUGAUAAUUUAAUAUUAUUAUUUGAUCAUAUCAAUAUGAAUUCAAAAUAUACAAAAAUUAGAUUUGGCACAUUAACGGAAUAUUUCGAUGCAUUAGAACGAAAUAAUAAGGCUAAAAAUUUCAUGCCAGCAACAUUAUCCGGUGAUUUCUUCCCUUAUCAAUGUCCUUCGGGUGAUUAUUGGACUGGCUAUUAUACCACACGACCAUUUUAUAAAAGACAAGAACGAGAAUUACAUUCAUUUAUAAGAGCUGCGGAUUUGCUAAGUGCCAGCUGUUUUAUGCAUUUAUCUAUCAAAAAUCGUCAAAUUGUUCAACAACAACUCACAAUAGCUCGACGGAAUUUAGCACUUUUUCAACAUCAUGAUGCUAUCACAGGAACGAGUAAAAAUCGUGUAAUGAAAGAUUAUUCACAACGAAUGUUUGCAUCGAUAAAAAUUACCGAAAAUGUUCUAAGAAUUUCAUUGAAUGCAUUAUUAGGCACAAAUAAUUUUAAAAUAGUAAUCUUUCAAAUUAUUGUUUUAAUUAAAUUUUCAAAUUAA